AUGGUUAGGAAUUUACUGAUAGGAAAUAGUGUAUAUUAUAAGAGACACGGAGGGACACAACAACACUCCAAAGAGACAGAACCAGAGAGGAAAAGGAUAUGGGAUAUCCGCCAUGACAAAAUAGAUCAGGCAAUAGAGGCCCCUAAAUGGAACAAUAAGACCUAUGAAAAUGGAAAUCAUAAAAGGAUCUUUAGGAAAAUCAGUAUACAGUCAUUACUAAGGAGAGGAGAAACAGAGGAAGCAGCAGGAAGGAUAAAAGGGAGAGAACAAGAAUACAGGAAAGAACAAGAAAACAAUAUCCCAAUUUUCCCCCGAGUAUGCCUCUACAGGAAGGAUCCGUAUGAGAAGUAUACCAUCGUAUAUUAUAAUUUACAAGAAGACUAG